AUGCGCGCCCUGCCUACACCCUCCCAUAACCCCUCUCCCCCCAUCCGCCCAUCCGCCAUGCGAGCAGCGAGUGUGGCCAUAUGGGGCAUCACUCUCGCCACCUACGCGGCCAUGGCCGCCCUGCCUCGCCGCCUCUCCGGCUGCGUUGUCUUCCUCGCCGCCUUCGCCUUCCUCAUCUUCUGCCAUGCAACGAGCCUAGACGCGAGUGCGUGGAGGAGGGGAGACAUCGACUUCACAGGCACGCUCAUGAUUGUCACCCUCAAGCUUGUGGGGGCCGCUAUGGACUGCCAGGACGGCAGCCAGCAGCCGGACGGCAGGGAGCAGGAUGGCAAGCCGCCACCCGCUGCGGCACCAUCCACUCCUCGUGUGUGCUCUGCCCUUCCCAUUCGCACGACCUCUGCCUCCCGCUCAUGCACAAACCCACACGCUCUGCUUUCUCCCCACCCCAUCAACGCCUCUCCUCCCUCUCCCCCUCAUCCUUUCUCCCACUUUUUACUCCCCACCCGUCCCUCCCCUCCAACCCUCAUCCUCCCCCCCCCCCCCCCCCUGCCUCCUCGUCUCCUUCCCCCCUUUCCCCCCUUCCGCCCCAUCCCCCAGCGCGCCAGCAGCGCGUCCCCCAGCGCGCUCCCCCGUGUGCCCCCCCUGUUGCCAUUCCUGGGGUUCGUCUUCUUCCCUGCCGCCCUGCUCGUGGGGCCGCCCUUCCCCUUGGCUGCUUACCACGACUACAUUGAGGGACAAGGGGUGAGGAGUGUGGGACGGGUGGUGGGGAUGAGAGGAGGAGAGGGGUGGGAUGGGUGGGAGGGGCGCGAGGGGUGGGAGGGGUGGAGAGUCACCUCUGCCCUGCUCGUGGGGCCUCCCUUCCCCUUGGCUGCUUACCAAGAGUACGUUGAGGCGGGGGGUGAGGAGGUGGGGGGUGGUAGGAAGGGUGGGCGAGCAUGCCGUGCGCUGGUCAAGGCGCUGCUCUGCAUGGCCCUUUACCACUCGCGCUCCCUCCUCCUCCCGCCCUCCGCCCUCACCCAACCCGCCUUCUUCACCCGCCCCUUCCUCAUCCGGGCGGGGCAGGUGGCGUUAACCCUCUUUGCCUAUCGCUGGAUGUUCUACUUCAUCUGGGCUGUAGCUGAAUCCGCCCUCAUUCUCUCCGCCUUUGGCUUCUCGGGCUUUAAGCCUGCUGAGACAGGCCACGGGGCAGGCAAGGAUGGGGAGGGGAGGGACGGAGAAGGCGGGCAGAGGCAGCAGCAGCAGCAGCGGCUGGAAGCAGACUGGAGCAGGGCGAGCAACGUGAACAUGUGGGUGGUGGAGGUAACGGGCAGUGGAGCGCAGCUGCCAUCGCACUGGAACAUCGGAGUCAGCAACUGGCUGCGCACCUAUGUGUAUGACCGCAUGACCCCCCCAUCAGGGAAGCCCACCCUCACAACACUCCUUGUGACACAGGCUGUCAGUGCACUGUGGCAUGGCCUACAUCCUGGUUACUACCUCUUCUUCCUCUCUGCUGCCAUCGCUCAAGACGCCUCUAAAUUGCUGCACCGCCUGCACCAGUCCAUCCCACCUCACAGGCGGUGGCAGCGUGGCAUGGCAUGGGUGGCGCAGAUGCUGUACACGCGCAUGCUCGUGGGGUACGCUCCACUGGGCUUCAUUCUACUGCGGGCGGACCUCACAUUCACAGUGUGGCGCUCGCUCUAUUUUUUUGGCUCCAUCCUGCCGCUCCUGCUCUCCGCAUUGCUGCCUCCACUCAUUCCUCCAUCCAACCGGCGAAAGAAAGAACAAUAA